GGGGCCGAGUGGGGACAGACGCUGGAUAACUCGGCCCACUAAGAGACUGACGCGCGCAUAGACACACGAGUUUCAAGUGCGUUUUGUCUCUCUCUCUCUCUCUCUCUCUCUCUCUCUCUCUCUCUCUCUCUCUCUCUCUCUCUCUCUCUCUUGUGGGUCUCUCCUAUGGCGGGCGUAAAGGUGGCGGCGGCGGCGGCGGUGGUGGCCUGCUGCCUGCUGGCCGCCGCGGCGCAGCAGGAGGGGCAGGGGGAGACGCAGAAGGCGGCGGUGGAGGAGGCGGCGAAGGAGGAGGCGGUGCAGGCGGCGGAGGGCGAGGAGAGUAAGAGAGACAAGCGUUUCUACCCCUUCCCGCCAGGCUUUGGGGGGCGCUACUACCCCGGGGGCGCGCGACCUCCCCGCCCCCUACACCCGUGGUACUACGGCGGCCCGGGGUACGCCCACCACCCCGCCCUCAACCCAUACCACCCAUUCUGGUUCUCCUGCCACACAAACCCAUACUUCUGCGCCUACCCCCCGUACUCCGGCGCCUUCCAACACCCCCAGGGCGCCCCCCGCUCCCCAGGCUCCCCAGGCUCCCCCGGCCAGGCGCCCCCCUCUCCUGGCUUCCCCGGGGACUCCAUGCUGACGGGCGCCCCACUGCCUGACCUGCCUGGAGACUCGGCGCGCUUCCCCCAGCAGGGCGCGGCCUUCAGCAUGCCCCAGGGCGCCUUCCUGGGGCCGCCGCCGCCCGGGGCCACGCCUGGAUCGCUGGGACAGUUUGGGCCGGGCCAGUUCUCUGGGCCAGGUGGACCAGGCCAGUUUGGUGGACCGGGAGGGCCAGGCCAGUUCAGUGGACCAGGAGGACCAGGUGGACCAGGACAGUUUAGUGGACCAGGUGGACCGGGACAGUUCUCAGGGCCAGGAGGACCAGGAGGGCCAGGUGGAUCCAGCCAGUUUAGUGGACCAGGUGGACCGGGACAGUUCUCGGGGCCAGGAGGACCAGGAGGGCCAGGUGGAUCCGGCCAGUUUAGUGGACCGGGUGGAUCGGGACAGUUCUCAGGGUCAGGUGGGCCAGGUGGACCAGGACAGUUCUCUGGGCCAGGUGGACCGGGACAGUUCUCAGGGCCAGGAGGACCGGGAGGUGCAGGUGGACCGGGACAGUUCCCAGGGCCAGGUGGACCAGGGCAGUUCUCAGGGCCAGGUGGACCAGGAGGGCCAGGUGGACCGGGACAGUUCUCGGGGCCAGGUGGACCGGGAGGUGCAGGUGGACCGGGCCAGUUCUCAGGAGCGGGCGGCGCGGGUGGGCCGGGCGGCAGACCAGUGGGCGGAAGCGGCGGCGCGGGGCAGUUCCCGGGGCCAGGCGGGGACGGCCAGCCCUUCACAGCCCCGGGGUCCCCAGGGGGGCCGGGGGGCCAGAGCGGACCGCCCUUCGCCACGCCGGGCAGCCAGGGACCUUUCAGCGGGCCGCGGGGCAGCCUGGGCGUCGGCAGACCCGUGGGCGGCUCGGACAAGACACCGGGGGCGCCGGGGGGCGACAGGGGGAGUGGUAGCUCAGGGGGGACCCUAACUUCCCCUCCAUGUCCUUCCUGGGGGCGGGGAGUCCCCAGGGUGGCUUCACAGGGGACAAGAAUGAGGUGCGGGCGCGGCACACCCUGAGCGUGCUGGGGGGCGACAAGGCCAGUGCCAAGGGGGACAAGAAGCCCUGAGGCAGCCUCCUCAACGCCACCGCGCCCUCUGUGCCACGGAGGCCGCCCCGCCAUCCACCAACUGAACCAACAAGCGAACCAACAAACGAGUCAACAAACAAGUGAACCAACCAAUGAACCAAUCAUUGAAUAAAACAAUACAUGAACCAAUAAAUGAACCAAUAAAUGAA